GGUAUUAGUUCGAUGAUUAACUGGGAAGGAAGGGGCAGUUACUUUUAGGUGCACCGGUAAAAAAUAAAAACUUGCAAGUAACGCUUUGGGUGGAUGUAACUCGGUGACCGUCGCUCAGUGGGUGAAAAAGAGCACGGUCACCGUCAAUUGCCGGUGACUGGAUCCCACCGCCGUCCACCGACAUUUCCCCCAUUUAUUCCGGUCACUGUCCGUACCGUCCCCGAUCAAUAUAAAAUACCACGAUUCAAAACAAAUCCCUCCCAAUUCCCAUUUCUACCACUCUGAUCUUUCCCGCGUCGGCCGACAGAGAGAGGAAACCGCCGAUCCCGAAGCGCACUGCGGAAUUCUCCUUCCUUCUUCCGCCCGCUGUCAAUCAACGAGCGGCAUUUGCGUUUUCAAGCCUAAGCCAGGCGGUCCUCUGCCAACUGCGGCGCAGCUGCAUCUGGAUCAGUUAGCUGUGUCAUUUGGAAGAAAAGGUGACACGAAUACAACUUGAGCUAUGAAGCAGACGGACAAGAAGAAAACCCCAAGCUUUUACGAGGCCAAGCGACCUGGGAUGACUGAAACUAAAGCCCGCUUCCGACCUAAGGAAAGGGAAUCUAAAGUUUUGCAUGCUUUUAAGCCUGUCCCCAGAGCUGUAGUAAGUGAUUCGAAUGUGGGCUCAGAGGCCUCUGAAGUUUAUGAAAAUCUGGUUAUACAUUAUGUGGAUGAUGUGAACAGGUGUGAGGACAGUGCAAUAAAAGACAGCACCUUGCUGUCGAAGGAGAACACGGGUGAGGUUUUAGCUGAUCAUUCUAAUGACACUGAGAGAGAUCAGAAGCUAGGGAAACAAAAGGAGUCAGAUUCUGAGACAAUAAAAGAUUCUGUGUCAUCCCACGGUGUGGAUUCAGUGGUAGGUGAUGAUGAGAAGGUAGAAUCAGUUUCUAGAUCUCCUAAAACUGUUGGUGGAACUAGGAAACGUACAUCAGUAGUAAGGGACACAGAAGCUAGUAAAUUAAGAGCUAAAGCAGUAACUAACACCCCCAGAAAGCCAGCAGUCUCUAGUAAAGAACCAUCUACGGUGACCAGCAAAAAUGCUUCUGUCCAAAAGAUUGAUGUUAAGGAGGUUAAACUUGUCCCUAAACCUCCUUCUGAAACUUCUGAAGGAGGAGUAGAAGAUAUGAUCAUUGAUGAUGGUAAAGAGCCAGAUGUGUUCGAGGAUGCCUCAAACGCUACUACUCGGAGUAUUGCAAGUGACAAUGAAACAGUUGAAGCUGAAGAAAAUAGUGAACAUGGGGAGGAUGCCACACUCCAAAAUCAACUGAUUGCAGAGAUGGAAACAAAAGUUGAGAAACUUGAAGAAGAACUGAGAGAAGUUGCUGUACUUGAAAUCUCCCUUUACUCUGUUGUACCUGAACAUGGGAGCUCAGCUCAUAAGGUGCAUACACCUGCUCGUCGCCUUUCAAGACUCUACAUUCAUGCUGGCAAGCAUUGGACACUGGAUAAGCGAGCCACAAUUGCGAAAAACACAGUUUCAGGACUGGUACUGAUCUCUAAAUCAUGCGGAACUGAUGUUGCAAGGUUGUCUUUCUGGCUGUCCAACACAAUUGUGCUGAGGAAUAUAAUUUCCCAAGCAUUUGGAUGUUCUGGUAACUCUAGUAUGUCGAGGUUCACAAGGUCCAACGGGAGUAUGGAAAAAGGUGAAGGGAAGUGUCCAUCACUGAAAUGGAAAGGUGGUAGUCAACAAGGUAAUGGGUAUCCCCACUUUGUUGAGGAUUGGCAGGAGACUGGAACCUUCAUUGCUGCCCUGGAGAAAGUUGAGUCGUGGGUGUUCUCUCGAAUAGUUGAGUCUGUUUGGUGGCAGGCCUUGGCUCCACAUAUGCAAGCCCCAAGCAAGAAAUUGUUAUCCAGCAAAAGCAGUUCUCGGUUACUAGGCCCAGCAUUGGGAGACCAACAGCAAGGCGACUUUUCCAUCAACCUGUGGAAGAAAGCUUUCGAAGAAGCUUUUCGACGAAUUUGUCCGGUUAGAGCAGGAGGGCAUGAGUGUGGCUGUUUGCCAGUCGUGGCCAAAAUGGUUAUGGAGCAGUGUGUGGCACGGCUCGAUGUAGCGAUGUUCAAUGCUAUUCUGAGAGAAUCGGCCAAUGAGAUCCCAACUGAUCCAGUAUCAGACCCUAUUUUGGAUUCAAGGGUUCUGCCUAUACCAGCAGGGGAAUUGAGCUUUGGCUCUGGAGCACAACUCAAGAACUCUGUUGGAAAUUGGUUUAGAUGGCUUGUAGAUACAGUGGCGAUGGAUGAUGAGGAAACCCCAAAGCAAGACGAAGAAACCAGUAGCGAGGUUGAUGAUGACCAUAGAGGAGACGCCAAACCGAAGUGCUUCAAUCUUCUCAAUGACUUGAGCGAUCUACUUAUGCUUCCUAAAGACUUGCUGAUAGACAGAUCAGUGAGACAAGAGGUUUGCCCGUCAAUUGAUCUUCCACUGGUGAAGCGGAUACUCUGUAAUUUUACACCAGACGAGUUCUGUCCUGAUGCUGUCCCUGGAGCUGUACUUGAGGCCUUGAACGCCGGGAGCCUUGUGGAGCGCAAGCUCUUGGGACAACCCCCGAGAAGCUUCCCUUACUCAGCUGCACCAGUAGUCUACACUCCACCUUCAAGCGAUGCGGUAUCAGAAAAAGUUGCAGAGGUAGGUGAUAUAAAUGGUGGCCGCGGUGGUUUGAAGUCUCGCUUGUCAAGGAAUGCUUCAGUUGUACAGAGGAAAGGAUACACCAGCGACGACGAAUUGGAAGAGCUGGACUCUCCUCUUGGCUCAAUUCUCGACAGCUCGCAAUACUCCUCGAGUUGGAUUAACGGAGAGCACUGCAAGCAGAAGGUCACGAAUGCGAGGUACGAACUGCUCCGCGAGGUCUGGUCAGGCUGAAAUUGCUUACAUGGCCAAAAGAUUUGGAUAUAUACUGGUAGAUUUCACAGGCUCUGUAUGAUAAUGAACAACUUGCCUCGUUGUUGUUUUUGCCUCUGUGAUUUCUUGGGUCUUUAGCAACUCGAAGUAAAUAUCAGAAAAGAAAUGAAAGCUGAAAAUUCUGUCAAAAAGAAAAUUGAUCAGAGUAGCAGAAGUGUCAUCUUUCUUGUACUACAAGGCACUAGUUCGGGGUUUGGAAUCGAUGCAGGGAAGAAAGAUUGAUUAAUUGAUUAACUGACUGACUCUUUGCUUAUGUUUUAUUGAUGCCAAAAUUUAAACUUUUGCCUUUCACUUUGUUCCAUUUGGUGUAAUGGAAGUGAAGAAGCAAUACACAAAUUCCAUUGAAAUGGAACAGAGAGAUAGAUGCACUAUUACAACGACAUAGAUAGACUGACACUCUAACAGACCA